AUGGCGCUUAUACAGCAGCACCAUCAGCUUUAUUGAUCCGCUGCGAGUACGACAGAUUUUCUGUUCCAGGAAGUAGACGUGCGGAAGUAGCUACGUGUCCGUGAUUUUUGUUAUUUAAAACACAAAAUGGGAGCGUUCAAGUGUUCUUCCUACCUCCUUUUACUACCCUCCUUUCCUUGGCCUGGAUUGAAACGUGAUCGGGUUUAAGGACGGAGAGGUGACUGGAGAAGAUACAGGAGAAAACGCUGUCCUAUUAUUCAUAGCGACCUUUACGUACUCUAAUGUUCCGUUCAUAGCUGACAUUCUCUCAAUGUGAAGUCAUCUGAUAAGACUGCAGUACAGCCUGGACUUAUGUACUGAAUAAUUUAUUUUGUGAUGAGCUGGUAAACAGCUGUAUUGACAUACUUAUUCAGUUAUUACGGACUGUAACAUGCAGGUGCUGGACAAAUAUAUCCACGUGACAGUGCUGACUGCUGUUAUAUGAAUGUACCCACUGUGAAAAGCUUUAUAUUAAGAUUAAGGAACUGAACUCCCAGUCCAUUGUUCCUUCAGUGGGCUGGUUUCAGUCAUUAUGCAAUGUACUGGUUAUAAGAUUGGGGAAACCUGCAGUCAGCUGAGACUGAAGAAGUUAGUUGGAUGAGUGACGAAACGUUCCCCCACAAAACGCUACGUCCAGAUGAACAGAAUCAACCUUUGGAGGUUUCUACCUCCAGUUCAUGCAAAUACAUGUAUUGUCCAGCUGUUCUUCUGGUUAGAACUCCAUCAUCUAAAAUCUCAAAGACAUGUUUCUUCUUCUUCUUUUGGACCAAGGAAACUUUCAGCGUGUCAGAUCAGAUGUCUUCAAGAAGGAAACCUGUGAAUGCCGCAGCAUUUCUGAUAAUUCUGAUGACAGUCUUCAGUGGUCUCGGCCUCUCGUGCCAUCAAGGAGAGUAUCAGAUAGGAAAUGAAUGCUGUCCGAAGUGUCUUGCAGGACGUCGAGUGAAAACUCACUGCACUGUGGAUUCAAGCACAUCCUGUCUGCCCUGCAUGACUGGAACCUACACUGAUAAACCUAAUGGACUGGAACGAUGUCAUCACUGUACAAACUGUGACUCGGGUUCUGGUCUCAGAAUAAAGACACCGUGUACAGUAACAUCAGAUACACUCUGUGAACCACUGGAGGGAUUCUACUGUGUCCAGCCUACAGGACACAGCUGUGAGAGAGCACAGGAACACAAACACUGUAAACCAGGACAGUACAUCAGUCACAAUGGAACAGCAUCCACAGACACUGAGUGCUCUGACUGCAGCAGUGGAACAUUUUCAGAUGGAACAUUUCACUCCUGUCAGCCACACACACGAUGUUACUCACUCAACCUUCAGCUGAUAACAGCAGGAACAUCUGCAGCUGAUGCUCAGUGUGGAGAAGGCAGUGUUAAUGUGGGAACAGCUGUUGGUGGAGCUGUAGCUGUUAUAAUUUUAAUUAUUGGAGGAGGAUUAUUAUUUUGGUACUUAAAAAAGGAGAGGAGGAAAAACAGGACAAGCAGCACGUUAUCAGAAUGAAAGUGUGGACCAUCAUGAAGGAGAACAGCCAACAAAUGGUCUUCUCCCCUAGAAUAAGACUAAAUGAGCAGCUUGGGGUUCAGUAUCUUACCCACAUACUCUUAGGCAUGCACACUGCAGCAGGCGGGCAUCAAACCACCAACCUUCCAAUUAGUAGACCCCCUGAGCUACAGACAUAAACAUGUGCUGUUGUGAUGUAGCUGGAUGUUGUCAGAAAUCAAACGUCUGGAUCAUCAUAUCACUGCACUCACACUGAAACCUGCGGUGCUCCUGCUGACACACUCUUGAUCAUGUGACUGUACAGACAGAUUCGCACAGAGCUCAAAGCAGAAAGUGGAAAUGAGACUGAAGAUGGAUUCAUGGGAUAUUUACUGAAUAUGAUUUUUUUUUAAUUAAACAGAAUCAUUCCAGA